CAUGUUGGAGGACAUUGGGAAAAAGAUAGAGAAAGUGAAAAGUUGUAUAAAGCGAGCGAUGUUUGUGAAUGGGUAUAUCUACAACUUUGUUGGUCUAGUGAACUUGAUGAGGAAGUUCACAAAUCAAAAAAACUUGCAUAGACCCGCGGUUACAAGAUUUGCUACAUCAUUUAUAACCCUUCUCCAAUUUCACAAACAAAAGAAUAACUUGAGAAAGAUGGUCACUUCUCAAGAAUGGUUAGAUAGCAAGUGGGCCAACGAUCUGAAGGGAAAAAAGGUGGCAUCCAUCUUAUUACAUGAUUCAUUUUGGAGGAACAUAACAUAUUCUUUGAAGUUAACUGGUCCUCUUGUUAAGGUCCUUCGACUAGUUGAUGGUGAAAGAGCGCCGGCCAUGGGUUACAUCUAUGAGGCCAUGGAGAGGGCCAAAUUGACAAUUAAAGAGAGUUUUAAAGAGAAAGAUGAGUUCUAUAGCGUUGUUUUUGAUAUUAUAGAUGAAAGAUGGGAAUGUCAACUUCAUCGACCAUUACAUGCCGCGGGACAUUACCUAAACCCAUCCGUCUUUUACGAUGACCCAGACCGUAUUUUAAAGGAUGAAGAAGUUAUGACGGGUUUAUAUCUUUGCAUUACAAGGUUGUCUCCAAGUGUAGAAAUUGAUGACUUGAUCAAUGAGCAACUAAAUGUAUAUCAAAAAGCCGAAGGGGUUUUCGGUGUUGGGGGUGCAAUUCGGCUACGAAAGAAAAAGUCUCCCGCGGAGUGGUGGGAAUCCUAUGGAUCAUCGACCCCCGAGUUGCAAGAGUUUGCUAUACGUGUUCUUAGCCUCACUUGUAGUGCUACAAGUUGCGAAAGAAAUUGGAGCGUUUUCCAACACCUUCAUACGAAAAAGAGAAAUCGAUUGGCACAAUCUCGAUUGAAUGACAUGGUGUAUGUAAAAUUUAAUCGUGCUAUGCAUCGCCGACAUAAAAUGGAGGGAACUGCCGACCCAAUUACUUUGGAAGAAAUUGAUGAAUGCAACGAGUGGUUGAUGGGGACAAUGGAAGAUGAAGAACAUGACAGAGAUUUGGUGUUUGAAGGUGAGGAUUUGACAUGGAGUGAAGUGGGUAGAGCUUCGGGUGUACAUGAGCGUGUUCAUUUAACGAGAUCAUCUACUAGAGGAAGAGGCAACGGUGCUAGUACAUCAAGGGACAAGGGAAAACAAGCUCUAUACGAUGAAGAUGAGCUUGAAGAAGAUAUUGGAUUGAGUGAUGUUGAUGGAGAUGGAGAUGAAUACGUACUUGGUUAUGAUGAUGAUUAUUGAUUAAAGACUAUUUCUAUGUUUAUGUUUUAAGUGUGUUGCGACUUUAAUUUAUGUUUUAUGUUUAUGUUAUAAGUGUGUUUCGACUUUAAUUUAUGUUCUAACUAUGUUUUUUAUGUGUUAAGUGUGUUUUUUAAUCAUGAUUUUGUGUUUGUUAUUGAUUAACAAGUAGAAUAGGUCAUAUAGAUGUGCACA